AUGGAUUUUGGCCCGCGACAUUCCGCCGUCUCCGCACACGGGCCUGUCAAUCAAAGGGCACGCCGUCCGAGGGGGCGGGGCCGCAGCCUUCAAAAAGCCGCCGCCGCCGGCACCGUGACCCGCAAACGCAAUCAGAACCAGAGCGGCAACCGCAACCAGAAGAAGAAAGUCGCCAUGCGUGGAUGCGAGCGUUCCUUGCUGCCGUUGGUCACGUGCUUGCUGGUGUGCAGCCUGGCCGUUUCCUCUCAGCCUGACAGACAGCAGGACCUGGAUCUGGACCUGGACCGGGACGGGGAUGUGGCGCUUGAGCUGCGUCACCUCAAGAUGCCGCAUCGACUGGCGCACGGACAACGUGACCUGUUGCAGGACUGGACCAAGCGAGCGGUGGAGGAUCUCCUGGCAAGGUUGUCGCCACCCGAGGCCGAAAUCCGGCAGCCGUCCGAUAUUGCGUCGGCUAGGAUGGACGGCGAGCGCUCGGUGGACCCCCCCAACAACGGGCCCCCCCGCGAGCGCAAGGCCGGAUGCAAGAACUUCUACUGGAAAGGCUUCACUUCCUGUUAG